AAUCAUAUUCAUUCCUCGGGAUAACAUAGACAAACAUUUCUUCAUUUCAUUAAACUACAUUUUUUGUUACAACAUGAAACGUUUUGUGUUUUCUCUAGCAUGGGUUUUUGCUCUUGUGCUAGCUUCUUCGUUGGCUCAUGCUGCGGUUGUGGAACACACUUUUAAUGUGGAGGACAUUACUGUGCAGCGUUUGUGUCGUCAACAAUUGAUCACUGCCGUUAAUGGAACCCUACCAGGACCAACAAUUAACGCUCGAGAGGGUGAUACUAUUGUCGUCCACGUAUUCAACAAGUCACCCUAUAACCUUACUCUUCAUUGGCACGGCAUUAUUCAAUUUUUAACUCCUUGGUCAGACGGUCCUGAAUUUGUAACUCAAUGCCCAAUACCUUCCGGUAGCAGAUACACAUACAAAUUUAACCUAACGGGACAAGAAGGGACUCUUUGGUGGCAUGCACACUCAUCAUUUCUGCGUGCUACGGUCUAUGGUGCUCUUUUAAUUCGGCCUCGAAUUGGACACUCCUACCCUUUUCCUAAAGUAUAUCAAGAAGUCCCCAUACUGCUUGGAGAGUGGUGGAAUGCUAAUGUUGUAGAGGUUGAGCACAAUGCAACAGAAUCCCAAACAGCGCCAAUCCCCUCAGCUGCGUAUACAAUUAACGGUUUACCCGGCGAUUCCUAUAACUGCUCUGAAAAUCAAAUGUAUCAGCUCAAAGUCAAGCAAGGAAAAACCUACUUGCUACGCAUUAUCAAUGCUGCACUCAAUGAGCAACACUUCUUCAAAAUAGCAAAUCACACAUUCACAGUGGUAGCCAUCGAUGCUCUCUACACCCAACACUACAAAACUGAUGUUGUAGUGCUUGCUCCAGGCCAAACCGUUGAUGUCCUCUUUAGCACAAAUCAACAUGUGGAUUCUUAUUACAUGGCAUUCACUCCAUACCAUUCGGCCCCACAAAUCCCAAUCAACAACUCAACAACAAGAGGGCUGGUAAUUUAUGAGGGUGCCACAUCAGUAGAAAAGCCCAUAUUGCCAAAUCUACCGGCCCAAACCGACACACCAACGGCCCACAAGUUCUACACCAACAUCACAGGGUUGGCUGGUGGACCCCACUGGGUCCCGGUGCCACGUCAGGUGGAUGAGCACAUGUUCAUCACUUUUGGGCUUAACUUUGACCUUUGCAAAAAUGUUUCAACACCAAAUGGUUGCUCUGCAAGGCAACCUCCACUCUCUGCCAGCAUGAACAAUGAGUCAUUUGUGUUGCCUCGGGGAAAAGGGUUAUCAAUGCUUGAAGCAUUCUAUAACAAUGAUGUUAACGGAGUGUACACUAGAGAUUUUCCAAAUCAGCCUCCGAUUGUGUUUGACUAUACCGACCCAAACAUAACGAGCACUACAGAAUUAGCCUUCAAAAUCGCACCCAAAUCAACGAAAGUGAAGACGUUGAAGUUCAAUUCAACUGUUCAGAUUGUACUUCAAAACACGGCCAUUGUCUCUGCAGAGAACCACCCCAUUCACAUUCACGGCUUCAAUUUCCAUGUUUUGGCUCAAGGGUUCGGGAAUUACAACGCCACUAGAGACGAGCCCAAGUUCAAUCUUGUCAACCCUCAGAUACGUAACACAAUUUCUGUCCCCGUCGGAGGAUGGUCCGUUGUUAGAUUCCAAGCAAAUAAUCCAGGUGUUUGGCUUGUGCAUUGCCAUUUGGAAACUCAUUUGCCGUGGGGGCUAGCCAUGGCUUUCGAGGUUGAGAAUGGGCCCACUCCUUCUUUAUCAGUGCCUCCGCCUCCAGCUGAUCUUCCUAGGUGCUAAGCGCACGCCAUGCGUUCAUGACUAAAAACAUUUAUAGAUUGGUUAAUGUUUAUACACAUACAUACUUUCAUAAUGUGGAUUUCUAAUAUCAUUUGUUUGAUUGAGAAAAAUAAGGUGUAAUAAAGGAGGAAAGUUUGGCUAUUCUUUCAACCAUGUGACUUGAUGGCCAAUUGUACUCUAUCAAAUAACAUAUGUUAAUCUGUCAUUAAUUAUAUUUUUUUAUUUUCUCGUA